CCGACAGGUGGCGGUGUCACCCUUCUGCAUCCGUUGAACGAACCGGCGAGAAAGUCCAGAGCGAGACGUUAAGGAAGUGAAACAGCAGCGGUCCCCUGCCCGCGGUAACGUGAGGUGACGGUGGCAUGGAAGAAGCGGCGUGUGAGGAUAUUUUAGAUGACUGGUUCAUCGAGUCCCUGACAACGUACAGAGAUCUCCAUGUGUAUCAGCUGGAACGUCCCACGCAGGUCAUUGAGUGGACGUCGGGGAAGACCGUCUGUGUUGCAGGAUUCAGUCCGUCCAAAAAUGAAAUCUUGGAGCUUCAUUUGCCUCUGAAACUCUUUGCUAAUGAAAAUAAGGGUCUCUGUGCAGAACGGGAUUUCAAAGUCGUCCAUGGCGGUUUCACAGACGGUCCCGUGCGCUGCCUCAGACACGUCCCAGGAACGAGGUGUGUUGUGACCGGUGACGGGCUGAGCUCCAACCUGCAGGUGUGGGACCUCGGAGGAGAGCACGGCGAUGUGAUCAGGAGAACAGGAAGCAUCGAGGGGAGGGGGAGUGCUUCGGAGGGAGGCAGCAGGAUCGCAGCUCGACGCUCGCCACAGCCACAGAUUCUCCACGGAGCUCGGAGCAGCGACAUCCAGCUGACUCAGCUGGCCUCGGGACAGACGCUGUAUAAACUGGAGACCGACUCGGCAGAUCCUCUGAGCUCCUUACAGUUUCUGAGUGACAGCGUUUUCCUCGCCGGCUGCUGUAACGGGAACAUUUACGUGGCCGACACUCGCACGUCUGCUGCCCCGCAGCUUUCACCUCCGCCAGCGUCUUCGGGUGACCCUGUCCUCUGGUGGACGGACGCCUCUGCAGGUCCGGACCCGUCCAGCUGCAGGGUCGUCAGACUUUCCUCGUCUGGACGGGCGGUGGUUUCGGACCCGAGGAACCUGGGAGGAGCCGCGGGCCGGGCCCAGCUGGACGUUCAGGCGCGCCGCCGCGGACCGGACGAUGUCGGGCUGUCGUGGGCUCCGGCGCUGGACGACUGCAUCGCAGUGUCAGGUUUCAGCGGAACGGUUCAGAUCUACAACACGUCGGCCUGGAGGGCAGAGCUGCAGGAAGCUCGGCCGCUGUUCGAGCAUCGCGGUCACGUGGUUUCAUCCCAACGGUCUGACGACGCCGCCCCCGUCUCCGUCACCUCCCACGCCUGGCAUCCCGACCGGCCGCGGACGCUGCUGUCCGCGGCCUCAGACGGCUCCGUCCACGUGUGGGACUGGGUCGACCGAUCAGCUGCUGGCGGUCCAACGCCGGGAACGAAGUGAAGCUGUAGUGCGCCUGGGAAAAGGAUGACGAAGAGGGCCGGUGUUAUCUCUGACCUGUGUGGGUCGGUAGAAUUCACUGAAGGAAGAAACGCGGAUCACUUUCUGAGUCGGCGCUUCCAAAAACCUUUCCUGCGUGAGUUCUACCACUGUCUGCGUUUUUCAUGACGGGGUGAGGAGAUGAAAGUGGAGUAUAAUUAAAGGAACAGUUUAGAAAAAAAAGAGCUAAAAGCGGAACCGGUUUCAGAGUUUAAUUCCCACAAGAUGGGAUCAGAGAACAUCAUCCUCCGUCUGGUAGGAAACAAACAGACCUUUGUCUUUAUGAAGGUUUUCACAGGUAAAUUACUGUAGGAUUGAAGUCGCCGCUGCUCCGCUCUCAUUUAAAUACUAAUUUAAUCAGAUGGCUACUGGUUUUUAUAUUACAGCACAUAUUAGUAUUGUAAUUUUUAUUCACUACAAAACAUUUACGUCCUGAGCUGGAGAAAACCGGGCGAACAGGAAAGUCUUUAAAGUUUCAGUUCACCCAAAUCACAAAAAUAUCAUCUCUCUGACCUCCGGUAGUGUCCAGCCAUGACGGUAGUUUCGGUUUUAUUUGCUUAUGUUUUUCCAUUAAAGAUUUUUU